AGACCGAUGCCACCCAAAGGGAAGAGCCAGGGACCCGCUCCACGGGCGCCCGUGGUCCGCGCCCAGGGCUGGCUGCCUGGCCUGCCAUCGCCGGCGCUAUGCUGCGCCUGCGGUUUGUGCGUGCUGCUGGCGGGCGUGAACGUGACACUGGUGGGCACCUUCGCCUCCUUCCUGCCCGGGCACAACGUGCCGCUGGUCGUGGGGCCGGCGCUGCUGGUGGUGGCGUUCGGCUUCUUCGCGGCCUGCUGCGCGUGUAGCCGCCGGGUCCCCGCAUCCCGCCCGCGCUGGGCAGACUCCAAGGGCCCGGGCCUUGGCCGCGGCGGCACCGGGCCGGUGGCGCUGGAGAUGGAGAGCAGCGAGCGCACGGCGCAAGACACCACGGCUGUGCAGCUCAGCCCCGCCGCCUCAGCCGCGUCCUCCGGCCGCUCCAGCCCAGGCCCGGGCCCCUUUGCCCUGGACGCCCCCGCGCCGGGUGCGGCCUACGCGCCGCACACCGACGGGGUCCGGCUCAACCUGCCCCGGGAGCGCGCUGCCCCCUAG